CAGAAAUGGGUUGGUUUCACAGAAAUGGGUUAGUUUCACGGAAAUUGAGACAGUUUCUCGGUCAAAGGGGUUGGUUGCGGGUAGUCCAGUUGGAUGAAAAUGGACCAAACUGGUGGCAAAUUCCGUGAAAGUAACGUCAGUUUUUCCAAAAGAGUCCCGUUUCGUGACCUUCCUAGAUUGUUCUCGCCAUUCAGUCCAUGCGAGCACACAUCGUCAAUCUGUACCGAAAAGAUUCGUCGAGCGUUUCGGAGUCAUGGUUGCUGCCAGAAAAUUGUGUUUGGCUCUUCUGCCAAGGCGUCCACUCGUCCACAAUUUCUAGCACUCGCUUUCGAUCAUUCGCUUGGAUCGUCCACACUCUCCGCCCUGUUACAAAAUUGUUAGAUCAGAGAACAGCAGCAUCAAGAUGGACAUGAACAGUGGUAAGCGCCGCUCUCGACGACUUCAAUCCCUUUCUCCUGAAGUUGUGCCCCCCAGCUCCACAAGGCCAUCGAAGCGACGCAAGGUGAAGGCAUCGGAGACCGCGAAAGACAAGGCGAAGGGAUCGAAGACAGACCGCCCGAAGGCAUCGAAGCGAGACAAAGCCGAAGCAUCGAAGACAGACCGUCCGAAGGUGUCGAAGCGAGAGAAAGCCGAAGCAUCGAAGCAAAACGAGAAGAAAGCGCCUAAGCCAGUCAAGAAGAAGCCAACACCUCCCAAGAAAAUCAACAAGUCGAUUGUCUCAGUCACUAUCAAGAAAGAAGAAGAAGAAGCCCUUGUGACGACACCGCCCGACGAGCCAACUCGCGCCUCGCAACCAGAAAAGCCCAAGAAGAAGCGCACUCGACAAGAGCCUUAUGAACUACGACGCAAUCGACGAAAGAUUGUCAUUGACAACGAUUCCAUGAAUUUGGAGGCAGAGCACAUCAGGAAUAUGUUGCGAGAUACUGGUGACAUUACCUUGCAGAACGUCGCUCAUCCAGCAGAUUGGAAUCCGCAAGAGCAAGAUGUGGCCUCACACUUUUCCGGAUCGGCUACUCUUUCUGCCAUGGCACAGGGAACAGAGGGAAUGCGACCCACUUCAGCCAAUGGUCGAACUCUGGAGUUUGGAGAAGGAGAGGAUGAUCAUCUGCUUCGGGAUACCUUGCCGUUUGGAGACCUUUUGAUACGUCCUUCAUUGGGAGAUGAUGGACAGCUGGCUCCAGAAUUGCUGCAGCUGUGGCACAACAACCUGGCUCAUGUCGAAGGAAAACCCUCUCCAUAUCCCAAACUUACAGCUGCUCCCGCCGUACAACCAGGUGCCCCCCCUGCGAACGGCCCGUCGGUACAGGCUGAGUCGGAUCCAUUGCCAACUAUUGAAGGUCUCUGUGACACACAGAAUAUGGACGAUCUAAAGAGCCUUCCACCCAUUCGGUUGCAACCUGCUAGUAUUGUUGCCCCUACAAGCCGCCCACACAGGGGAUCAAUGGUGGAGGGUGAAGAACCAGCACCAAUUAGAAUUGUUUCAAUGCACCAAGUGCUGCGUAUGGACUUUGGUAGCAGCGAUGAGGAGUAUGAAGCUGAUGACCAUUAUAGGGGUGCCUACGUGCCUCAAAGACCUGCACCAAAAUUGUUUGAAUAUGACACUAUUGUGAGAUAUUUUCAGGAACAGACAUACAGACUCCCUACAUACACUACUUCUACUCAAACAAGCUUGGGCCAUUAGCAACCUGCUGGCUGCAGGGCCACACAACCUGACACAUCAUAGCAACACUAAAAAAUAAAUAUAAGAAAUCUUUAUAACGGCUAGC